CUUGCCUCCGCCCCUGCUUUUGGGGGAGUAAGGAGAAUAUAGCUUACUGCAUUGAGGAGUUUUACAAGCAGCUCUUCUCAUCAUAAGAAUCUUCCUCGGGUGAUAGAUUGCUCCAAGACAUGAGAGAUGUCAUUCCUACUGAAUUGAACUCAGAUCUUGUGGCACCAGUGACCAAAGAAGAAAUAGAAAGGCCCUUUUCAGCAUCAACCCUAACAAGGCCCAUGGACAUGAUGUUCUCUGUAUUCUUCAGCAGAAAUGCUUCAGUUCAGCUGCAACAAUGUGUUUGUCAGAUUUCGGAGGAUAUUUCAUUUUUUUCUUCUUCAAGAUACCUUGGACUCCCUCUGGGCAUUGGAUGUUACGGAUGGAAUCAAUACUAAAAUUCUCUCUGACCCUUGGGUUCCAGGCUUGGUGAGUGGUAUUCCUUCUUUGUGUGCAGGGCUCUCAUCUCCUUGCCCAACUUGGGUCACUAUUGGUGUGGUGCUCCAUUUAGUUCGAUUUAUAAAGCCUAGUUUGUCUUCCGAUUGUAAAUCCUUUAUUUUGCUCUAUGAAUAUCUCGAUCGUUCGAAAAAA